AACCAAAUCAUAUACAAUGACAAAGCAAUUUCACAAAAAAAAGGAAAAAAAUAUUUGUGCUCUAUAAGGCAUUUUAACUAGCAUACCUAGUAACAACUUAACAGCAUUCUUAAAUAAAAUGUAGGUAUAAACAUUCAAAUUACAAAAUACCAAUUUAAAAACAAUGUGACGAAAAAUAAACACAUUGAGUUAAUUAAAUAAAAGUAAAGGAGUAUAGUAAUACCUUUCGAGUUGAUCUCCUGGUUACUAUGGCCAUUCCAUCGGAAUAAUGGUCAGAAUUUGUUGAGAAUAAGGUACUGGGUUUUUUUACAAAGCGUACCUACCAAUGAUAAAUUGUAAGACCUGUCAGAAUUCUACUAAAAAGGGCUCCAACAAGAGUCCUAAACACAGCAUGUACCUAAUGAUUCUUUUUUGGCAUUUAAAAAUAUGAAUAGCUUUCAUAAAUAAGCUCUAGAAAAUUUUACUGUACAUGAUAAUUGAUUGAAUGUGGACAAUAUUUGUAGACAGGACAUGUGAAUAAAUGUUUUAAGGCACAAGAGAUUAAGUUUUCUCUGUAAGUAUUGUAUAUGGUAGUUCCAAGUUAACAAAGGGUCCAAGUGCAAGUCAAGAAACUUAAUUAACUAUGUCUGUAGUGGGAAUUAAACAUCUGUUGAGCUAAACCAGGGGUGACUCCUCGAAAACCAUCUUGCUGAAUAUCAUUAAGCCAGUCUCGGUUCCAUUUAACAGUAGACAGUUGUCCAUGCAUCCAAUUUAUAUUUAUGAUGUAAGUCAAUUCAAUACAUGGAAUAAAGAAAAUAAUAUAACAACAUUUAAAAAAUACUUACUCUGAAUUCCAAAAAAAAACUUCCAGCCUGUAACAUGCUUUUGAAUUUACAUUAUUCUUUAAUCUGUUAGGAACUGUAACUGAUGACCUUUAUGUUAUCCGCCAAGGAAUUAAAGCAACUAAAACAAUUUAUAAUAAAAAAGAUUUUUGGAAAGCUGUCCUUGUUCGAUAUGGGUGGAUUUAAUUGAUAACCAGCUUCAUAGCUUCAGUUUUUUGUGAUCUUUCUAAAGCUGUUGAAUGUGUAUCUGAUUGCAUCUAAUGCUCUUUUACUAUAGUCUUACUGGGAAUGGUCUAUGUUUACUUGAGAACUACCUAACAAUUAGAAGACAAGCAAUUUUUUUUUCAGUCUAAGCUCUUAUAAGUUAAAUUUGUGAGAUGUGGAGUACCACAGGAUUCCAUUUUGGCCUUUUAUUAUUUCUCAUUUAUGUAUGUAACAACAGCUUUGCCAAACGGUUUUGUGGCUCUCUAUGCAGAUGAUACCAGUUUUUCAAACACAUCACAAGAAGUAAAAUUGAAUCCAAAGUAUUCCUGAAUUGAAUAAAAUAAUUUUAUGAUCAGACAUCUUUUAUUAAAUUAACUAAUAAAAUUAAAUUUAAUUGCAUAUUAGUCAUUGCUCCCCUAGAUUUAUAAAAAAAAAGUGAAAAGUGAGUAUCUUGAGAUCAUCGAAGCAAUGCCUACAUCAGCCUCAAUAAUGUACAUCACCUUUACACAUCUGCGAAUGCAAAUAUCUCAGAUAUCCCUCAAAAAUGUCCCCAAAUUCAAAAGAGACAUGUUAGAACCAAAAUAACAUUGGUAGACCAUAACAUAAGUGCUUGUCUUGAAAUAGUCCUAAAUAGAUUUUUAAUGAAGAAAAUUAUACCAGAGAGUUUACUAGAUAAAUGGCUAACACAACAGAGUCUGAGUCUAUUUAACAGAAAUUGGCAUUGGAAGGGUGAUAGCUAGUGUUCCAGUUUUAGUCCAUCAUGGAACAAAUUGGCACCCUUUCGGACGGGCAAGUGGUCAUGGGUGUAUCUCCCCAACAAGUCCAAGUAAUGCAGAUGAAUCCUUCCAGUCAUCAGGUCAUCCAGGGAGCAAACGGUCAACAAAUCAUGGUCCACACUGUCCCGGCCGGUGGACAGAUUCAGGUUGCCACUUCGCCUAAUGGAACCCAAGGAUUACAACAAAUACAGGUUGUGCCAGUAAGUAGUUUACAAGGUGCCGGCCAGGUCCUAGUACAACCAACCCAACAAAUUCUACAAACCGCUGAUGGCCAAACGUUUAUUUACCAACCGAGUGCGGUUCUAGAAGGUGGAAGUUUACAGCAAACACCUACAGUAUUAAACAUCAACGGAAACCUUGUCCAGAUCGCCAACCCGCAACCUGCCGCGCAAACGGUUACUCAGAACACCUCACCCGCCACUCCCACAGUGGUACAGCAGGCUCAUACCGGAUUGGCUAUGGCUAACGGAAAUUUGGUCAUGGUGAGAAGUCCGGCAGACAUGGUUCCUAGUACCAGCGGUACCCAAUUCCAAAGAGUACAAAUUCCAGGGCAAGAGUUUCUCGAGGAGGAACCCCUGUAUGUAAAUGCCAAACAGUAUAAGAGGAUUUUAAAGAGGAGGCAAGCGAGGGCCAAACUGGAGGCCGAGGGUAAAAUUCCUAAAGAAAGACCUAAAUACCUCCACGAAUCCAGGCAUAGACAUGCUAUGAACAGAAUUCGAGGGGAAGGAGGAAGAUUCCAUCCCGGAUCAGUCAAAAAACGAAAUUUGAAUUGUAGAGAGGAAAUGGAGAGACAUGUCCAGCAACAGCAACACCAUCAGCAGCAGCAGCAGCAACAACAACAACAACUUAGUCAACAACAGUUAAACCAACAACAAAUAAAUCAGCAGCACCAUCAUCAGCAAGAAAUUCAACGGAUCAACGUGUCGUAUGCUAACAUACAGAUGAACACGCCGAUUAUUAUUGAGAGUAUGUCGGAUAUGAUCAAACCAGACCCCAUGACGAUCGAAACCAAAAAGGAAAUUUCUUUUUAAAACUGAAGGAUGCGAUAUUACUUUAUAGUAUAGAGUUAUUAAUUUAUUUUUGGGGCGGAACGUAUCAUACACUUUUGAUUGUUUUUUUUUUGUUGACUGUGCGUUAUUUUUGUGUAAUUUUUCUGUAUAUAGUUAUCGAUAUUAAUUUAGUUAGUUAUGUAAUUUGAUAUAAUUACGCUAACCCUUUAUACCAUUUGAGAAUUUUGUAUAUUAUAUAGAGUAAUUCUUGACUGAUUUUAAUCCACUCUUUUUAAUAGGAUUAACUAUUUCUAAUGCGAUAAUAGAUUUAAAACCAAAAAUUUUAUUUUUAGUUCGUUUUAACUAGAGUGAUGCAUUGAAAAAUAAUAAUAAGUACCGUAAAAUGGGGUGAAUAGAAACAUUUUUGGACGUUUUCAACUUUUUAAGUAAUAAGUGAACAUUUUUAAAUAAAACAACAAAUCAUAGUGAGGGAUUUUACACGAUGCUCUAUUUUACAUUACCCAAAUUUCGAGUUACUACCUAGAAAUGUCUACUUAAUAUAUCAAAAUUAUAUUCUGCUUUCUGUCUGAAAAAUCUUAUAUAUCCUCAUUAUUGAAUAGAAUAAUCUAUUUUGUGGAUUAAGCUAAUUCCUGCAAUGUUUCCUCGUUUCUGGAAAACAUUGCAGGAAUCAUUUUACGGUAAUAGUUUGUUAAAUAAGGAAUGAAUGACUGUUUAAAUUUUAUAAAAUUGCAUACGUUUUUACAUUUUUUAAAAAAAUGAAGUGAAAUUAUUAUUUUAAUUAUGCAUGAAAAUCUCUUAAAGAGAUGGUUUGAUUGACAGACACUUUGAUGACAUAAAAAUAUAUAUACGUAAUGUAUGUACUGACAAUUUAGUGGAGAAUA